AUGUCCACGUCGUCAGUAUCAACGGGUUGUUUUGUUUUCAAGCCAAACGCCAAGAAGAAGAAAAAAAAGUCCCCUAGUUUAGACGAUUAUUUUACUCAUGGUUGUGAAGGCGCUGAGACCAGUGAUAGACGUUUUCGACUAUUUCAUGAUCUAUGGAACAAGAUUAAAACGGAAACAGAGAUUUUACAGGAUGAACUCAACCGGCAAAUCUUGGACAGUUUGCUGGACUUUACCAGAAAGUGCUCUGCCACUCGCCAACACAGUGACUGGGCUUCUCAGAUGAGGGCCAGUGAGAUUCCCACAGCGGCACUCAUGCUCGGAGUAAACAUGCCCGACCAUGACAUGACCUUCCACAGCCUGUCUGAGCUUCUCCAGCAGUCGGUCACUCCUCACGUGGCUUCUGUCCAGGCCAAAGAGUGUGCAGCUUUGAAACACUUGAUGAAAAGAGUCUUGGAAAGGUUGAUGGACACCGUGGUGGCAGCUGAUGAUGAUGAGGAUGGAGAAGAGGAGGAGGUAGCGUUGCAGCAGAGCACCACUCCGGUUCGCAGAAGUGUGCACUGCUCCUUGAGUGUGCUCUGUGAAUGGUACAACGCACAAACGAAGAAAUCCGUCACUCCUGGAAAAAAGCGCAGCUCUCCGAGUAAAGACCAGCAUCCCCCAAUAGUGAUUAUUUUCAAAGACUUGGAGGCCUUCAACCAAAAAGUUCUGCAAGACUUCAUUCUCAUCUGCAGUCGAUACAUCGCACGUCUGCCCCUCAUGUUCAUCUUUGGUAUCGCCACAUCGCCGAGCACCAUCCAGCACAUGUUGCCUCAUUCGGUGUCGUCGCUGCUGUGCAUCGAGCUCUUCCAGUCUUUGUCCUGCACUCAACACCUGGCCACUGUCAUUGACAAGUUGAUCCUCACUCCAAAGUUCCCUUUUAAACUGACUGGCAAAGUCCUGCAGGUGUUGAUCAGCCUCUUCCUCUACCACGACUUCUCCGUACGAAACUUCAUCAAGGGUGUGCAAUUAGCCCUGCUGGAGCACUUCCACUCGCAGCCUCUCAGCGUGCUGUGCUGCAAGAAGAAGGAAGCGCUGCAAAACGUGGCAUAUCUUAGCCAUGAGGACCUGGAGAGAAUCAGGCAGCUGCCGUCGUUCACCAGGUAUAUUAACAACCAGGAAUCCCAAGAGCAGGUUGAACUAUUAAAGGACGACACUCAUUUAAAGGAGUUUUGCCAGGAGCAGAUAAAGAGACUUUAUAAAUACCACAAGAACUAUUAUUCAGUGCUGAGGUGUCUUCACGCUUUGACCUCGUCGCUGCCUCGCUACCCACUGGGAAAACAGAUCCGGGAGCUCCAUUUAAUUUGCCUGGAGAAGAGUGUUUGGGAGACGGAGGAUUACCAGUCAGCCGUGAAGCUGCUUAAGAUGUUGGCCAAGGAUGAGCUGAUCACUUUGCUCCAGAAAUGCGUAGAGAUCCUGCAGGCCUGCAAAUCAACGAAAAUGAAGAGUGCCUCCGUCCAGCUGGAAGAGAUGCUCAGCAAAUUUAAACUGUUGGAGAUGGUUCAGGCUGACAAAGAGAGCCUCGCCGCCCCUGUGAAGAACCUUCAGAAGAAGACCAACCUGUACCAGCUGCAGAAGGCUCUUCUGGAGAUGAACACUACUCGCAGGUCCAAGAAACACGCGAGUCCAUUUGAGAACUUGCGAAGUGAAGCGCUAGAAUUUAUCGACGACCUCGUGAAGAGUCACCUGUCUCCUCCGGAAUCUCAGACGCUGAAUGAAGUGUGCUACUAUAGCUCGUCGUCGUCCGUGAGACGCUACCUCAACGCCACGCCUCGCACAUCCAUUCAGGCUGCACUCAGCAGCCCUUAUUAUUAUCUCCUGAAUGACAGCCUAAAAACGGAUGACGGGAGCGUCUCCAAUGCGGCGCCUGACAUUUGCAUUGCGUACAAGCUACACCUGGAGUGCGGACGUCUCAUCAACCUCUACGACUGGAUGCAAGCCUUCUCUACCGUGGUGUCUGCAGCAGAAGGGAAUGAUCCCGAUUCGGACAAAGUAGACGAUAUCAAUCCUCCUUAACAGUUUUCCAGUGCUCGGUUCAUCAGAGCCGUUUCGGAGCUGGAAUUUUUGGGCUUUAUUAAGUCCACCAAACAGAAGACGGACCAUGUGGCCCGACUCACUUGGGGGGGAUGCUGA